UUUAUAUACAGCCGUGUCAAAUGCAGUGUUCCAUUCGGUGGUUUUGAGCUGUGCUAGUCAAGAGUUGGAAAAUGAAAGAUGGACACGUCUGGUGCUGAUACUCAUUAUUUUCCCAAAACAUUGGAGCAAAAUGACAGAACUGAAUGGGUUCCAUUGUCGUUAACGCUAGUUGAAUAUCCAAAAGGUGACUGGAUUGGCAAAUUCUUUGCUUUGGUCAGCUUAACUCCUUUUGGAAUUCUUGCAGGCUUUGUUACACUAAUACUCUUUAGGAGAGAUCUGCACACUAUAACAUUCUUCAUUGGAACAAUAUUUAGUGAGCUGGUCAAUUCCAUCUUAAAAAACACAAUACAAAGUGCUAGGCCGAUGUCAAGGUCUGGAGAUUAUAAUGAAUAUGGCAUGCCUUCAUCCCAUUCACAAUUUGUGUGGUUUUUUACAACCUAUGUCAUUUAUUUUGUAUUUAUAAGGUUACAUCACAUGAAUAACAAUACAAUAAUUGAGAACAUGUCCAAAUUAUUAAUAAUUUCAUCUUCUGUACUCAUGGCAGUCAUUGUGUGCAUUAGUCGGAUUUACUUGCAGUACCAUACUGUAGCACAGGUACUUUGUGGUGCCCUUGUAGGGUUCCUGUUUGCUACUAUCUGGUUCACAUUAACAUAUAUGUUAUUCACUCCGUUAUUUCCAAUGGUCGUCUCUUGGAAAAUAUCGGAGUUUCUUUUGUUAAGAGAUACGACACUGAUACCGAAUGUGCUUUGGUUUGAAUACACCAACACGAGACAAGAGGUCCGAGCCCGGAGUAGAAAAUUAGUAAGCAUGAAAUCCCAAUGACAUCUACUUCAAAAGGACUUCGACUUUGCGCUGCCAACACCAAUAGUGAGAAUCCUAAGAACGUUCUGGCCGAGGAAACGGUAGAAAUAAUGAUUUUUCGUUUGUUCAUAUUUCCAUUAUAAUUAUAUAUAAUUUUUACUUUUUUUAUACUCAUCGUUGCAGCUAAAAAAGAAAACUGAUGAUAUUGUAUUGAUUAUUAAUUUCUUUGUUUUCCAAAGCAAUAAUCUAAAGCAGCCAAUAACUAAAAAAAUGUGUUCAGAACGUUAACUCGUUUAUAAUUAUUACCUUUUUUUAUUAUUGUUAUUUUAAAUUAAUAAUUAUUAUGAACACUUUAUUUACUAUCUAUUCUCUUUCUUUUACUCUCUAUUACAUUUAGAUAUUUGCCAUUUGUUCGUAACCUUUUUGGUUAGAUGAAUCCCACAUUAAGUGACUUUGCUAAUAAUGUACCUUCCGACGUAAAUAAAUUUAUUUUGUUUGUUACGUAAAUAAUGGAUAAAUGAAAAAUUAAAAUUAUAAAAUAUUGUAAAUACAUUUUGGAUGCAUUAAGUAUAAUGUAAUUUUAUAUAAAAUGCUAUACAAAUUUUAGGAACAUUCUCUUCGAAUGUGAUAUAUACAUAUAUAUAUUUGACAGAAUAAAGAGUUAUAUUAUAUAUGGAUGCAAUCAAUAUAUAAAUUAGUCGAGUAAAGAGUACUUAAAAUGCGACUGACUAUAAAUUAAAGAAAUAAUAUUAUAUUAAUAGACAUUAGUUACUGUUUAACUGGAAUAUUUUGUAGCCGAUACAAGACACGAGAGAUUUUGUAAUUUUCAGUUAGUGUUGUGUGUGUGUACUGAAUUUACUUUCAAAGUAAGUCCGUCUCUUGUUGACGUAUUGCAAUGCUGGUAAUCCAAAUUUACUACCUGCAAAUACCUUCUAAAAUGGGAAUCAAGGCACUUUUAGUGUAAUUUGAUUUGCCAACGCUUAAUUAAUAAAACCCCCUUCCUAUAAAUACUAUUUGCACUUAGUAAAUUUUCCUUUUGAAUGUGCAAUCUUGAGAAUAGUUUCAGAAAAUAUAUAUAUGUAAUGUUAUUUAAAUUAAAAAA